AUGGCGGACGCGCUCGAUGUCUCGCGUGUCGAGGCACCCGUCACCUUCAAGACCUACCUCAUGUGUGCCUUUGCGGCAUUCGGUGGUAUCUUCUUCGGUUAUGACUCGGGUUAUAUCAACGGUGUCAUGGGUAUGAGGUACUUCAUUGAGGAGUUUGAGGGACUGGACUACAACUCCACGCCUGAGGACUCGUUCGUCAUCCCUUCCUGGAAAAAGUCACUUAUCACAUCUAUCCUCUCGGCCGGUACAUUCUUUGGUGCUCUCAUUGCUGGUGAUCUUGCCGAUUGGUUUGGUCGACGGACAACCAUCAUCACUGGCUGUGGUAUCUUCAUCGUCGGUGUCGUCCUGCAGACUGCCUCAACCUCCGUCGCACUGCUGGUUGUCGGUCGUCUCAUUGCCGGUUUCGGUGUCGGUUUCGUCUCCGCCAUCAUCAUUCUGUACAUGUCCGAGAUUGCUCCCCGCAAGGUCCGUGGUGCCAUCGUCUCGGGCUACCAGUUCUGUAUCACCAUCGGUCUGAUGCUGGCCUCCUGCGUCGACUACGGUACUCAGGACCGCACGGACUCCGGAUCCUAUCGCAUUCCCAUUGGUCUUCAGAUGCUGUGGGCUUUGAUCCUUGCCAUCGGGUUGUUCAUCCUCCCGGAAUCUCCGCGUUACUAUGUUCGCAAGAACCAACUCGAGAAGGCCGCGCAUGUGCUUGCCCGCGUGCGAGACCAGCCCCAUGACUCGGAUUACAUCAAGCAGGAGCUCGCUGAGAUUGUUGCCAACAACGAAUACGAGAUGCAGGCCAUGCCUCAAGGUGGAUACUUCACCACCUGGAUGAGCUGCUUCAAGGGCAGCCUCUUCUCGCCGAACAGCAACCUCCGCCGUACCGUGCUGGGUACCUCGCUUCAAAUGAUGCAGCAGUGGACCGGUGUGAACUUUGUCUUCUACUUUGGAACUACGUUCUUCCAAUCGCUUGGCACCAUCAGUGAUCCCUUCCUGAUCAGCAUGAUCACCACCAUCGUCAACGUCUUCUCCACCCCCAUCUCGUUCUACACCAUGGAGAAGCUCGGUCGCCGCACCUUGCUCCUCUGGGGUGCUCUUGGCAUGGUUAUCUGCCAGUUCAUCGUCGCCAUCAUCGGUACCGUGGACGGAGGCAACAAGCAUACCGUCAGCGCCGAGAUCUCCUUCAUCUGUAUCUACAUCUUCUUCUUCGCCUCUACCUGGGGACCGGGAGCGUGGGUCGUUAUCGGAGAGAUCUACCCCCUGCCUAUCCGUUCUCGUGGCGUUGCUCUCUCGACCGCAUCUAACUGGCUAUGGAACUGCAUCAUCGCAGUCAUCACCCCCUACAUGGUUGACAAGGACAAGGGCGACCUCAAGGCCAAGGUCUUCUUCAUCUGGGGUUCGCUCUGCGCGUGCGCCUUCGUGUACACCUACUUCCUCAUCCCCGAGACCAAGGGUCUCACUCUGGAGCAGGUCGACAAGAUGAUGGAGGAGACCACCCCGCGGACGUCGUCCAAGUGGAAGCCCCACGGCACUUUCGCCGCGGAGAUGGGUCUCACCGACAAGGACGUCGCCGCUAAGGCGGGAAUCGUCCAGCACAGCGAGGUGGCUGGUCUUGACUCCAACGUUUAG